AUGUCAGCCACGUCAGCCGUCACGUCAGCCAUCACGUCAGCCACGUCAGCCAUCGCAUCAGCCCUCCCUACGCUCCCUUCAGCCGCGCCAACGGCCCUCUUGUCCGCCAUUCUGACGGCCCUCCUGCCCCUCCUGCUCACCCUCGCGGCGUCAGCACAACCAGACGGCUAUCCGGUAGUAGUAGAAUACCCUGACUGUCCGAUUACCGGCCUGCCCCCCGAGAACGUAGACGCGGCUUAUAUCGAGGCGUCUGCUAACGGAGCGGCCGUGUGGCAGCGCCGGUGCGUGUGGGGAGACCACGAGACGUGCUGCGGGCUGUGCGGGGGAGAGGAGCUCGCGCUGCGAUACAUCCAAUCCAACGUCUCUCUUGUGAUAGAGGCCCUCGGUGCCAACGCUACCACUGCUGCUCUUAAACUCAUCGACCUGUCUCACCCGCCCUCUGUGAGUGUGCUGCUGCUGCGGGCUUGUGCCUCUCCGGGGCUGUGCGGGGGGGACGAGCUCGCGCCGGGUGACAAUGCUGCUCUUGGACUCAUCGACCUCUCCAACCCGCCCAAUCCGCCCAGUGUAAUCCACCAGGAAUGUGAGGCCCUGCAGGGCUAUCCGCUUUCUGCGAAUCUGCUUCUCAUUCUCUGCCCCUCUCUGCCCCUCUCUGCCCCUCUCUGCCCCUCUCUUCCCGUCUGCCCCUCUCCGCCCCUCUGCUCCUCCCCCACCCUGCUUGCAGGGCUAUCCUCUUGCGCGCAUCUGCUCUUCAAUCUCUCCCUCACUGCUCCUCCCCUCCCCUCUGCUCACCUCUGCUCCCCUCCCGCCCACCAGGCAUGUGAGGCCUUGCAGGGCUAUCCAUUCUGCGCACAGCUGCUCGAAAUGGUCAUGUGCGACGCCGUCUGUUACCCAGUGGGUGCUUGUGGGUGGGUGGGUGCUUGUGGGUGGGUGGGUGCUUGUGGGUGGUGGGUGCUUGUGGGUGGGUGGGUGCUUGUGGGUGGGUGGGUGCUUGUGGGUGGGUGGGUGCUUGUGGGUGGGUGGGUGCUUGUGGGUGGGUGGGUGCUUGUGGGUGGGUGGGUGCUUGUGGGUGGGUGGGUGCUUGUGGGUGGGUGGGUGCUUGUGGGUGGGUGGGUGCUUGUGGGUGGGUGGGUGCUUGUGGGUGGGUGGGUGCUUGUGGGUGGGUGGGUGCUUGUGGGUGGGUGGGUGCUUGUGGGUGGGUGGGUGCUUGUGGGUGGGUGGGUGCUUGUGGGUGGGUGGGUGCUUGUGGGUGGGUGGGUGCUUGUGGGUGGGUGGGUGCUUGUGGGUGGGUGGGUGCUUGUGGGUGGGUGGGUGCUUGUGGGUGGGUGGGUGCUUGUGGGUGGGUGGGUGCUUGUGGGUGGGUGGGUGCUUGUGAGUGAGUGGUCGUUUGCCUUUCUGCCAAUACUGCUUGCCUCUCCUCCCUCUCCUACCUUCUCCUCCCUCUCCUACCUCCCCAUCUCCUGCCUCUCCUCCCACUCCCGCCUCUCCUCUGCUUUCCAUCAUCAGUUGGCCGCAUCACCACCACCAUGGAUCCAUAUUCCUUCACCACCCAGCUUUUGGCCGCAUCACAAUCACCAUGGAUGCAUAUUCCUUCACCUCCCAGCUUAUCACAGUCUUGGCCGCAUCACAAUCACCAUGGAUGCAUAUUCCUUCACCUCCCAGCUUCUCACAGCCAUAGCCAGAAACCUCUACGGCAUCCCUUCCUUCUCGGCUGUCAUCUUGUUUUCAGGGAGGGGGCCGCCUGCUUCCUUUAUGGCCAUCCUCUAUUCCUUCCUGCUCUCCCCUCCCUCCUCUCCCCUCCCUCCUCUCCCCUCCCUCCUCUCCCCUCCUCCUCUCCCCUCCCUCCUCUCCCCUCCCUCCUCUCCCCUCCCUCCCUGCACUGCCUUUAUGGCCCACCUACCGACGAUGCCUACCUCCCCACAACCAUCCGAUGCCAUCCCUUCACCCUGCACCCCUCCCACCAACAACGCCUUGCUGUUUUAG